AACUGACAAAAUGUGUGGACUACAUCUAUAUAACAGUUAGUGUGUUUCACUACAGUUUAAAUUCAGUUACUGUGUUUCAUUACAGUUAAAAUCCAAUGUCUGAGGGUGUUCAAAAUGAAAAACCCUUCCUCAAACGUCCUGGAGUGGGACUUGGGGUUCUUGUGACAGACUCCUCCAAACCAGGAUGUGUCCUGUUAGGAAAAAGAAAAACUAUAGUUGGGAAAGGCACCUACCAAUUACCAGGAGGUCACAUUGAAUUCGGAGAAACUUGGGAGCAGUGUGCCCAGAGAGAGGUGAUGGAGGAAGCUGGUGUCCGUCUGAAGAGCAUUCGCUUUGUAUCCGUCGUCAACUCCAUCAGACUGGAAGAAAACUACCAUUAUAUCACAAUCUUCAUGCAGGGAGAACUGGACAGGUCUUUCUCAGCCGAACCAGUUAAUUUGGAGCCAGAGAAAAAUGAAGGUUGGACAUGGAGGCGCUGGGAGGAUUUCCCCCCAGAAGAGCAGCUGUUCUUGCCAUUGGCCAACCUGAGACAGCAGGACUUCCAGCCAUUCAGAGAGAGUUAAAAGGGAUUUUAUGUAAUUAAGAAAUCAAUCUGAUCACUCCCUGGCUUUAUCUGA